AUGGAAUCGGUUACGCGGAUGUCGAUGACGGUGUGUCCGUUCGUCAAGAAGCAAGGCGUCACUGCCCUUCGCCGCAUGUCUCAGCAGCACCAGUUGGCCCAGCAGGCGUCGCAGUGCCCGUUCAUGGGCCAACAACUCCGCCAGUACUCGCGCGCCACUCCCCCCGCCCGGGCCACGGCGACGUCGACGGCGACGGCGCUGCCCACUACCUACGCGUUCAAGGCCAACGACUUGAACGACUUGGGCAUGGUGGCGCUGCUCAACUUGGCGCCGGAAGGGUCCCAGGAACAGGCGUUUGACUACUCGGGCUUUGUCAACGACGAGUUGGCCAAAAAGCGCCAAGAUAAGCUGUACCGGUUCUUCAACAACAUCAACCGGUUGGCCAACGAGUUCCCCCGCGCCCACCGCGCCGACGAGGACGACAAGGUCACCGUGUGGUGUCUGAACGACUACCUCGGGAUGGGGCGCAACCAGUACACGGUGCUGGAAAUGAAGCGUGUCCUCGACAAGUACGGCAUGGGCGCCGGCGGCACCCGUAACAUCGCCGGCCACAACCGCCACGCCAUCGCCCUCGAGGCCGAGUUGGCGGCGUUGCACAAGCAUGAGGCCGCCCUCGUGUUCUCGUCGUGCUACGUCGCCAACGACGCCGUGUUGUCGUUAUUGGGCCAGAAGAUGAAGGACUUGGUCAUCUUCUCCGACUCGUUGAACCACGCUCUGAUGAUCCAGGGGAUCCGCAACUCGCGAGCCCGCAAGCACGUGUUUAAGCACAACGACCUCGAGGACCUCGAGGCGUUGUUGGCUCAGUACCCGAAGCUGACCCCGAAAUUGAUCGCGUUCGAGUCGGUGUACUCGAUGUGCGGGCUGGUGGCUCCCAUCGAGAAGAUCUGUGACUUGGCCGACAAGUACGGCGCCCUCACUUUCCUCGACGAAGUGCAUGCCGUCGGUAUGUACGGUCCUCACGGGGCCGGUGUCGCCGAGCACCUCGACUUUGACGCCCACUUGAAGUCGGGUAUGGGCGCUGCCGUUACCGCGAAGCCGUCGGUGAUGCUGAGAGUGGACAUGAUCACCGGUACUUUGGGUAAGGCCUUCGGUACCGUGGGUGGCUACGUCACCGGUAAGCUGAACAUGGUCGACUGGUUCCGCUCCUACGCUCCUGGUUUCAUCUUCACCACUACUUUGCCUCCCGCGGUGAUGGCGGGUUCGAGAGCGUCGAUCCGCUACCAAAGAUCGACGUUGCAAGACCGUAUUGCUCAGCAAAAGAACACCCGCUACGUCAAGCACGCGAUGCACGACAUCGGCAUCCCCGUGAUCCCCAACCCGUCCCACAUCGUCCCCGUGCUUGUCGGCAACGCUGCCGACGCCAAGCGGGCGCUGGACUUGUUGCUCAACAAGCACAACAUCUACGUGCAAGCGAUCAACUUUCCCACCGUCCCCAUCGGCCAGGAACGGCUCAGAAUCACCCCCACUCCCGGCCACGGCCGCGACGUCUCCGACCAAUUGGUAUCGGCUGUGGACUCGGUGUUCAACGAGCUCAAUUUGAAGCGCGUUAACGACUGGACCUUGGACCCGUUGUGUGGUGUCGGCGAAGUCGACCCCACCAAGGUGCAGCACAUCUGGACCGACGCUCAGUUGCUGUUGUCCGACGAUGCGUUGAACCGCAACGUUGUCGAACCGCAGGUGGCGCCCGUGGGCGUCUCGUCCGGUGUCCAAGCCUGA